AUGGAUAAGUUGAAAUGGAAUAAAGUGGAAAACGAAGCGGGAUAUCCGUGUUAUACUAUUGAAUCAACCGGUGAACAAAGUUAUGACCAUCCAAAAUUUUGCAAAAUUUUAAAUACUUUGGGUGAAUACGACGACAUAAGAUACAGUGCAUAUAGAAUUGCAUUCAAAGUAUUUGCAUUACAAAGAAGUCUUCAAGUGCCACCUUUACGUAUAAGUUCAGGUGUAUUUGCUCGACAUCAGCUCAGUUUAUCUGAAAGCAGCUUAUCUCUUGAUACAGCAGAACUAGAAGCAGUUUUAGCGGACAUAUAUUUUGCUGCAGAGAAAGAAGGCCUAUUCUCUGGCGAUGUGGACUUGGCGGUUGACCUUUUAAUAAAUUUGUUGCUAAAUGUGUAUGAUAAAGAAAGGAAAAGUCCUAUAAGAGUGCUUGCAGCUAAAACUCUCUUAAUAUUGUUAAGUGAAGAGUCUAUAUCGGAAAAAUGGUUGGCCCUUGCAAAUUGCAGUGCCGACCACAAUGGAUGUGUGUCUCCUAAGAGAUUAGCAGCAUUAUUAGUACAUGUAACUGCUUUACCUAAGUACCUUGGAUGCCAGUGCGAUUACAUACAGAGUGAUGUAGACUCCUGUUUUGAAAAAAGUGCAGGUAUGCUUGGAAUAAGUGCGCAAGCUGUAGCAGAAUGGGGUGCACAACAAUGUGCGAGUACUCGCUGGCUCACUGUGGUGCAAAGAGUUAUAUCCAGUAGGAAUUGUUCCAGUGCAAGUGCUACUUGUGUGAUUUGUUCACAACCACUUAUACAGGUGCUGAAGUUUAGGUGCUCAAAGUGCAAUAACACAUUCUUCUGUGAAAAGUGUUAUCUAUAUGACAAAGAUUUAUCUAAUGCACCUGGUCAUAAGAAAACUCAUUUAGUUCAAGAAAUAAUUGAUGGAGAGGUAAAACCAACUGAGUGUCUGAGCUUUAUCAAUGGUAUGAAACGUUUUUUCUUCUGCACAAAAACAAAAAAGAAAAAAACUAACAAAAAGAAUCGCAAAAGCAAUAAAAAUUUAGCAAACCAAGGUUCUAUUAAAAGGAAAAAUGAGAAACCAGCUAUAUUCACCUCUACUGUAGGCAAGGCUUGUGGCAAUAAAGCAAACCCAGCUGUAACACUGCAAGAUGUUAUAAAUCAGUUGGAAAAUGAGAAUAAAGUUAUCAAAGAGUUGACAGAACAAAUAGAGGCUGUAGCUAAAAGUGGCAGUGACGAAUUAAAAACAAAAGUAGACCAACAUUAUAAACAAUUGUCUACACAAAUAAAUAGACUAAAAAUGUUAAAGGAUAACUUACUCAACCCACAAAAUCUACAAGUUGAUCCAAAUACAAAUGCAAAUGACAGACCUCAAGCAUUCGAUCUCUUCAGUCCCAUACCAAUAGUUGAUGAGAAACAAUCAAAAAUUACUGAAAAUGUUAACCAGCCAAGGGUUUUAAGUAUGGAUUCUGGAAACUUUUCUGUAGCCUCAAAACCGGAGAGUCAGAAUUUACUAACAAUGUCUGGUGACGCAUUGAAACCUGUAGUGGUUCAUGCCACUUCUGACAGUAUAUCUUCUGUGUCCAUGAAUGAUAUGAGUAAUUGGUAUAAUGAAACAGAAACAACCAGAGCACAAACAACCAUAACCACACAGAGUCUCAGUGCAACCGAGCAGCGCUACGCGGCGGACCUGCACAGCGUGGCGGCCAGCAACCACAAGAUGCGUGCCCUCAACGCCGACCUCGACACCGUGCUCGACCGCCUUCAGCAAAUACUAACACAUAACUUUGCUAUGGACGAUUCCUGUUUCGAUAACACUCAACUACGUGAAACAGCUAAUGAAAUGGAGGGAUUGUUAGGAACGUUAAUAAGAGGCGUAGAACAACGUGCUACGUUAAAUGCUUCUAAGGGACUCGUC